AUGGCUGCACCAGUCGUGGCCCUGGCCCGUCAGCUCGCUGAGUCGAAUGCUGAACAGUGCUUGGACAGGGAGGCCAGCAAAGAGGUCAUGGUGGUUGAAAUGGAAGCACCCGGGGCUGAUGGCCCAGAAGAAGUUGAGGAGCCUGCGGACGAGGUCCACGAAGAAAAUGUGAUUGCUGUCCAGGAUGACUCAAGGAUUUCUAUUUCGCUUCCGACGUUCCAGCAGAAGGUUAUUUAUGCUGCCGCUUUUAAACUUCAUUUUGGGGUAAGCGAAGAAAUGGCAAGUUUUUUGGACGAUUUUUUGGCUUUCCUUGGUGCAUCGCUUUCCUGA